AUGGACUCGAUGAUGCCCCUGGGGUUCUUUGAGAACACCCAGGAAAUCUACGCCGAAAUCGCAAGCUACCCAGUGGUCCCGCCCGAGAAGCUCAAGCAAUAUUGGAACGUCUACACCACCACCUUUCGGCGGCUUUUCGACCCGAGCGCGUUCCGGUUAGAGAACUUCUGGUGGCACGUUUGGGGCAGCGAAAAGUUGCGAAACCUCAGUGGACCUGAGCUCGCUAGGCUCUUCGAGGAAUUUUCGACUGGCCCAACAUUUGUACCGUUGCCUGCGCCCACAGGACGGCUCAAGCGCUCCAAGAAAACUGCUACUGAACGAGAUGGACGCGAAACUGAGGCCCAAGGGCCGGCUCCUGGGCUGCCUGGUAGUCCCGGGCAGAGGUCUACUUCUUCGACCAGUAAGAAGGGGUUGACUCCCUCAUCCUCGCGGCCUCCGCCGGCCCACCCUAUUUUGAAGAAGUCUAGGGGUCCUUCUUCUUCUGGGCCGCGGCCGACCGCGCGAUUCGCCUCACCCCCAACCUCCGGUGAAGAGGCCAUCCAGGACCUCGAGACCGCGUCGACGAGCACCGCAGCUAGCGCCGUAGCAAUAACUGCCCCUGCUAUGCCCCCGCCACCCCUUCCCCCGUCGCGACAAGGCCGAGACGCUGCCCCCACUUCCUCGCCCGCGCCAAAUGCUACUAGUUCAACUGGGGCGAGUCAAACAGACAAUAUUGCAGCACCAAACGGGGCCGGGACGGAAACGAGCACCCGCCAGCCGGCUUCAUCUACCACAGGAGAGAAGGCGCCGGCGACAACGGGGAGGAAGUUUGUGGUGGCCACUGCGGCAUCCAAGAGACGGCCCGUGGUAGUCCGAAGGACGAGUUCGCAGACUUCGGCAGCGCCUGAAUCCGGACAGCGGAAUGGACAAGCCGCGGCUUCAAAACGCUCGGGCUCCAAGCGUUCUACGCCAACCCCGUCACAACUACUUGGACAAGGCUCAUCUUCGUCACAGACGAGUGACCAUGGCCUGGGUGUGAAGGCCAACGGAAAGCGUCGAGCAAAGCCACCGGGGCCCAAACGAACAGUUUCCCAGGCCACUCCUCCCAUGCAACCAUCUAACCAGGCCGAUGCGACCACUACGAACCAGCCAACACGGCCCGCGAGCCCCCCGCGAAGCUCAACUCAAGAUGUCCGGGAUCCUCCCACAGUCCGUCCGGCAGCGGACACAAACUCCCGGACUCGCGUUCCGCCGCCUUCGUCUUCAAAAUCACCGGCUCCUCUUCCUGUCGCCGGGUUUGUGAUUGACCAGUCUUUCGGACACGGCGCACCCAUGAUGGUGCGCUCUCGCUCCAAUAACUCGGAUGCCUCGCAACGGUUCCGGGAGCCCGGCGUGGCUCUCCUUCCCACACAAGCGACUAGCAGCGUUGCCAUGGUCACUGCCACGGCCCGUGGGCAGUUUGACUCGGAGACGAUGACGUCAGAGCCCGCCGUUCCCGAACCAAGGGAUAUACCGGACAAGGUCCGCUACGGUUCGCAGCCGUCGUCCUCCAUUUUAGAAACCCAACUGAAGCCGACACCGCCGAAUCCCACUCCACCAAUUCCCUUUGGGCGGUCGAAAAGUGAACUUACGUUACUUCUUGCUCGUGGCCGGAAGGACGAAGACGCAUAG